AUGCGUAGGAAUUUAACAGGUGGACAUACUCCUCGGGUGUCUCGCUCGUCUAGACAAAUCAUGGAUAGAAAUUCGCCAAAGAUAGCUGUCCUGGGCGCAGGCGUUAUUGGCUUAACAGUUGUGAAAAUUUUACAAGAAGAACUUAGACACGCAGAUGUAACUGUUAUAUCGGAAAAGUUCAAAGAAGAUACGGUAAGCAACGUCGCCGCAGGUAUUUUCCGACCCGGUCUUAGCUUUAGAGGUCCAUCUUAUGAAGUAACAAAACGUUGGAUUGAUAAAUCUUGGUACUUCUGGCAAGACAUACUCAAAAGUCGAGAUGCAGAUGAAGCUGGGGUCAUUCCUGUCUCCAGCUACAUAUUUUCAAAAGAGAACUACCAUGUUACGAGGAACCGCCUCAUUGAAGAUAUAGUACCGAUCUAUCGUGCUGUCGACAAGGAUGAACUGAAGCUCGUAAGCGAAGGAUGGAAGUACGGCUCAUAUUUCACUACUGUUAAAACUGGUUGCGAUCGCUAUUUACCAUGGAUCCAAAGAACAUUUGAAUCUAAGGGUGGUAAAAUUAUUAAUAGAAAUGUCGAUAGCUUCACAUCACUACCCAAGUACGACUUAGUAUUUAACUGUACCGGAAUGGGAGCGAAGUAUUUGUGCAAAGAUGACGAUUUGGUCCCGAUACGCGGUCAGGUCUUUAAAGUAAAAGCUCCGUGGCUAAAAACCGCAUUCUAUGGUGACUAUGAUGCGUACAUUAUCCCGGGGCAGGAUGGUAUAGCCACUCUUGGUGGAGUGCGACAAUAUGACAGUUACAAUACACAAGUUUGCAGACACGAUGCAGCAGCCAUCAUGGAGAGAUGUGUUGACCUUUUGCCGGCUUUGAAAAAUGUAGAAAUUGUUGGACAGAGGGUAGGUUUAAGACCGCAUAGAGUGCCAGUAAGGGUGGAAUCGGAAAUGAUCGACAAAUUGAAAGUUGUGCAUUGUUACGGCCAUGGCGGUUAUGGAGUUAUGUGCGCUCCGGGAACGGCCAUAGAUGCUGUUCAAAUUGGUUUAGAUCUAUUGCGAUCUAGUGUUAGAAGCAAAAUAUAA